CUGGGGAGUCCGGCGUUCUAGACCCCCCUCUUCCAUCAUGAUACUUCGGAUCCUCACAGCUCUCAGCAUCAUUCAGCUGGCCCAUCAAACAGAAAAGGUCAUUUCAGUGUCGCAGCCUCCACUACUGGUAGCAGAGAACAAAAAUGCCAGCAUCUUCUGCAGCUAUGUGUGCAAGAGUCCCGAGACUCGGACAUUCAAAGCUUCAAUGCUCAAAGGAACAGCCAGAGCCGUGGAAGUGUGCUCAGUUAGUUGGAAUGGCAACGCUAGCACUCACAAUGACAACAAGAGCGGAAUCAAAUGCCGUAUAGAGGUCAACACAACAGGGGUGAUGUUCAACCUGUACAACCUCAGCGUGAACCAGACGGAUAUUUACGUUUGCAAAAUUGAGGCUGUGUACCCAGCGCCGUAUCACCAUGGUGAGAGCAACGGGACUGUCCUUCACGUGAAAGAAGAACCUCAGAAGCCGCCACAAGCCCCAGAACAUUCCAACGCCAUGGUAGCAGCUGUUGCCGUUGCCACUGGUUACAGCGUAGUAGCCACUGUAGCAGCAGUUUUAAUCUACUGUCGGUUAAGAAACAAGAAGAUGAGGCUCCCUCGAAAUGACUAUCACAACAUGAUUUCUUGGCAAGCGAACAGUCCAAAGAAAAGGAACAGUCAACCGAGUGCUCCAGCAAGGACUUACACUACGUACCGCUUUUGGGAGCCAUGAUGACUUAGCGACCAGUCUAGGAACAUGUAUGGUGUAUGUAUUCUUGACUGUGGGGAGAAUGAAAGAACAUUCUAGCUUGGAAUGUCUUGGACAUGUCUUGGAGCUUUUAUCAGUCUAAAGGAUGAGAACUACAGGUUACCGUAGGAAAUGGACAGUAGAAAAAGAGAAUUGAAUUCCGCUGCAUGGCUGCAUAUCCCUUUCUAGCCCAUCUGCAUUUCAUCUGAAUUGCUUACCUUUUGUGAUGACUUACGACGAAUCAUGCUCUUAGUUUUUAUAAUUUACACAGAAUGUGUAAAGAAUGUUUGAAAACUCACAAAUUUGCCAGCAAAGAGUUUUUUUUAAAAAAAGAUUCUGUCUCUUUGAAUGGUAAUACUUAGAAAAGUAUCCAGCUUUUAGAAAAUGUUGGCCUAGUAUUAUGAAGAAUAUAGUGCAACAUUAAAUGAAGUGAGUGAUUAGCUAGAUAUCUUUGCCCAGUUUGUAAAAUGAUUCAACCAGAGCUUCUGAAUCCUGUAUAUUACCACUCCCCCCAGAAACAAAUUCCCCAUACCACUAAAGCAACUGAUUUGUAAGUCAGUCCUUGGGGAGACCUCUUGGAGAGCUUGGAAGAGGAGGAGUGUACGCGGCUGCUGUGUUGAGGUUUGCUGACUCAUCAAGUCCUGACCAAGUCAUAGAUGAAGCAGAGAGACUGGUUCACUGACUUUUUUGGUAUCACUGGUUCUUGAUUAAACCUCUGUAAGAAAGAUAAGAGCAGCAAGUCCUUUCACUGCAUGGCCUCAGGCACCAUCUGGGUAGUCAGAUGAUAACACGGGGGCAUGGCAUUUGCCUGCAGCAAAGGGAGGGCUAGAUUUUAAAACACAGUGGUUCUUUUUCUAUACUGGGUGCUUUCUUCUGAGCUGAUUAUGAAAAACCUAGAGG